CCAUCUCGAGGCGAGAAGCGGUGCGGCCAUGAAUCCGUUAUUCGGCCCCAAUCUCUUUCUCCUGCAGCAGGAGCAGCAGGGCCUGACUGGGCCUCUCGUGGGACCCUCGCUGGGGGGCGGCGACUACCUGGGCGGGGGUGGGGAGCUGCCUGCGGGCCCUGCGGCGGCGGCCGCCCCUCCGGGCAUCCCCCCGUGGGAGCCGCUCACGCUGGCCGGCCCGGGCCCGGCUCCCUCAGCGCCGCCAGCCGCCAUGGCCCUCCGCAAUGACCUGGGCUCCAACAUAAACGUGCUGAAGACGCUCAACCUGCGCUUCCGCUGCUUCCUAGCCAAGGUGCACGAGCUGGAGCGGCGCAACCGGCUGCUGGAGAAGCAGCUGCAGCAGGCUCUGGAAGACGGGCAGCAGGGCCGGCGGGGCCCGGGGCGCCGCGACCAGGCCGUGCAGACCGGCUUCAUCAGCCCCAUCCGGCCCCCGGGACUGCCCCUCGGGGCCUGGCCCGCCGCGCGAGGCCUCGGCUCCCCGGCUCGCUCGCCCGCAGGUCCGCUGGCGCCCACCGCGUCGGGCCUCUCGUCGUCGCCCGCCGGCGUGCUCGCCCCGGCGUCCGUCUCGUCCCAUUCCACGACCACAUCCACCCCCUACUCCUCGUCGGCCCGCUUCAUGCCUGGCACUAUCUGGUCCUUCUCGCACUCCCGCAGGCUCGGGCCGGGACUGGAGCCUACCCUGGUGCAGGGGCCUGGCCUGUCGUGGGUGCACCCAGACGGCGUGGGGGUGCAGAUCGACACCAUCACCCCCGAGAUCCGGGCCCUGUACAACGUGCUGGCCAAGGUGAAGCGGGAGCGGGACGAGUAUAAGCGGAGGUGGGAAGAGGAAUAUACAGUUCGGGUCCAGCUGCAAGAGCGUGUGAAUGAGCUUCAGGAGGAGGCCCAAGAAGCUGAUGCCUGCCAGGAAGAGCUUGCAAUGAAGGUGGAGCAGCUCAAAGCUGAGUUGGUGGUCUUCAAGGGACUCAUGAGUAAUAACCUGACUGAACUGGACACAAAGAUUCAGGAGAAAGCCAUGAAAGUGGACAUGGACAUCUGCCGCCGCAUAGACAUCACUGCCAAACUGUGUGAUGUGGCCCAGCAGCGCAACUGUGAGGACAUGAUCAAGAUGUUCCAGAAGAAGCUGUCUCUGCACUUGUCUCCCAUUAAGGUCCCAUCCAUGGGGGGGCGGAAGCGGGAUCGAAAACCUGUCAUCGAGGAGGACACUUCCCUGUCUGAGAGUGAUGGGCCCCACCAACCUGAUGGGGAGGAGGAUGAGAGCACAGCCCUCAGCAUCAAUGAGGAGAUGCAGCGUAUGCUCAACCAGCUGCGGGAGUAUGAUUUUGAAGACGACUGUGACAGCCUGACUUGGGAGGAGACGGAGGAGACAUUGCUGCUCUGGGAGGAUUUCUCAGGCUAUGCCAUGGCAGCUGCAGAGGCCCAGGGAGAGCAGCAGGAAGACAGUCUGGAGAAAGUGAUUAAGGACACAGAAUCUCUGUUCAAAACCCGGGAGAAGGAAUACCAGGAGACCAUCGACCAGAUAGAGCUGGAACUGGCCACAGCCAAGAAUGACAUGAACCGACACCUGCAUGAGUACAUGGAAAUGUGCAGUAUGAAGCGGGGUCUUGAUGUGCAGAUGGAAACUUGCCGUCGGCUCAUCACCCAAUCUGGAGACCGGUAA